CUUCUCUAACUAAUGUAUCUACAGAAAAAGCAGAUGAAUAUAUGCAAACAGACACUGUGACUUUUCCUGAUGAAACAGAUGACAGUUUUCAUGAACUAAUCAAAGACCCUUACAAAUCAAACUGGGAAAAUGUAAAUGAAAAAUGGGUCCAGACAUUGCCAUUGAAAUGUCAGAAUUGUGUCAAACUGAUCAACAAGAUGCUCCAAAUGAAAAGAAAGAUGCUGUUUUACAAAGCUCGAAUGAGAUAUGAUGAUGUUGAGAAAAGUAACAUCUUUCAUGAUGCUCAUUAUUCUGAUGUAAUUGAUGAAGAUAGUGCAAAGCAUGUGGAUAGUGACUUUGAGGAGCAACAAUCUCAAGAUUCAUAUACAGAUGGGGAAACUGAGGAUGAAAUUUCAGGAAAUCAAACAUCAAGUGAAGAAGACAGUGAUACCGAUGAUUCUGAUGGAAAAUGGUACUUAUAA